AUGUCUUUCUUCUCACCAAAAGCUCAGUCCCUCAUCGACGCGACAAAAUGCUCGUACAAACAGCUGGGCCGGAGCGGCCUCCGCGUCUCUGUGCCUAUACUCGGCGGCAUGGGCUUUGGCAGCCCGGACGGCCCGCUGAAGUGGGCGCUUGAUGAAGACGAAGCUUUUCCGCUGCUAAAGGCGGCGUGGGAUAGAGGCAUCAACACGUGGGAUACGGCUAACAACUAUUCUAAUGGAGCAUCUGAAGUCAUCAUGGGAAAGGCGCUCAGGCACUACGGGAUCCCUCGCCAUAAAGUCAUUCUCAUGACGAAGUGCUGGGCGUUUGUGGGGGAGUCGGAUGAUGUGCCUGGCUUCUUUCCGCCUGUUGGGCCUAAGAUGGACCUCAUCGCCGCAACGCCAGAUUACAUCAACCAGAGCGGUGAGCAGCCCUACGCCGAGUUUCUCUGGAAUAUUAGUAUUGAUAGCAGAGCAGGAUUAUCAAGACAAGCAAUCUUCAACGCAGUCGAAGCCUCGCUCGCCCGCCUUCAAACCAGCUACAUCGACGUCCUGCAAAUCCACAAAUUCGACCCGAGCGUGCCGCUCGAAGAAACGAUGCAAGCUCUCCACGACCUCGUGCGCAUGGGCAAGGUGCGCUACCUCGGCGGGUCGUCAAUGCGGGCCACCGAAUUCGCCCUGAUGCAGUUCGUCGCGGAGAAGAAGGGCUGGACCAAGUUCGUAAGCAUGCAGAACCAGUACAGCCUCCUGUACCGUGAGGAGGAGCGCGAGAUGAACUAUUUCUGUAACAUGACGGGCGUUGGCUUGAUCCCGUACAGCCCGCUUUGCCGCGGCCAUCUUGCGCGAAGGCCCGACCAGCGCGGCUCGUCGCUUCGAUCGGCGCGUGAGGUCGCUUCGGGAGCUAUGCGACAGACGGGAUGGGGAGAGGUGGAUGAGAGUAUUAUCAGGCGGGUCGAGGAGGUGGCGGAUAAGCGCGGGUGGACCAUGUCGGACGUCGCGCUUGCUUGGAUCGAGAAGCGCGUUGCUAGCCCCAUCGUGGGUGUCACUAGCAUUGAGAGACUUGAUGAUGCGCUCAGCGCGAGGGGGAAGCAGCUUACGCCGGAGGAGGAGCUGUAUCUUGAGGAACUGUAUCAGCCAAAGCCACAUCUGCUGUAG